GAGAGAGAGCGAGCGAGCCGCACUGCACACUGACGAACCUGGACGGGGCGAGGCGAGGUUGCGAUUCCCCCCCAGCGUGGCCCUCAUCCAUCAUCGCAAUGGGAAUCACCAACACAGCGUUCCUUCUGUGCCAAGCCCUGGUCCCGUACUACCUGAAACCGGUCCACCUGGAGACACGGACUACAAAACCCUGCAGUUGAGACUACUGCUGCACCAGAGCUCCUCUCCUCCAGCAAGCCACGGAGGAGGAUGAUGAUCAGGAGGAGGAACAUCUAGGGAUGAGAAGUGUUUCUCCAGCAGGCAACUUGGACAAAGACGUUUGCUCGACCCUCAUCUGUAUUUAGCGCACCAGGACGAUGUCUGCCCUGUGUGCGUCCGCAGUGCUCUUAUGUGCAGUGAUGGUUGACAUCUCAGCUCGGAUUUUGACCACAACCAGCCCAGCUGACCAAUUCAUCCUCUCACCCCGCCACUAUCAGCACACCGACCCAGACUCGGGCACCCACCUGGUCUGUGACAAGUGCCCGGCAGGCACCUACGUAUCCAUCCACUGCACCCCAGUGGCCGUGAGGGAGUGCAGCCGCUGCCCUGAAGGCACCUUCACACGGGGCGAGAACGGGAUGCAGAAAUGCCAUCUCUGUCAAGCUCCAUGUCCUGGAGGCUUCGUCGAGAAAGCCAUCUGCACGCCCAUCCAGGACAGACUCUGCACGUGUCCCCCCAACAGCUUUUGGUUGCGGGAUGGCGGCACAGAGUGUAAGCCCCACUCACUGUGCCCACCAGGGACCAGGGUGAAAAGGCGGGGAAGUGAAACAGAGGACGUGCUCUGUAAGCCGUGCACCAAGGGAACUUUCUCAGAUGUGGAGUCGAGGGUGGUGAAGUGUCGGACCCACACAGACUGCCAAGCUCAUGGGCAGGUGCUGCUCACACCAGGGACAAAAGGGACAGAUAAUGUCUGUGGAGCCCCUUCUGCAGCCCCCUCUUCCUCUUUGUCUUCGCCUGUCUCCACAACCAUCCUACUGGGGCCUGCACAGGCUGUGCUUGUAGAGGAACCCAUGACUUCUUCAUCCACUCCAUCAUCAUCCAUGACUGGACCUGCACAUAAAGGCACCUACAGCCAGUCAGCAGCCAUUCAACUGAGGGGAAAACCGGGUGGGGAAGACCACCGUGCAGAGGGGCUACUCCUCAGCCGGUCUGGCACUCCCACCCCACCAAAUCGCGAUCCCCCACGGAUUCCACAUCUCCCAGCUCCCAAGCAACACAUAGACCUUGAGCACCAACGCGUGCAACCCAAUUCUGACCCUGUAACAGGCCCCAUCAAGAGUGCGGUGGAGGGUCUGGAGGGUGCAGAGGUAGUCAGGGUUGGUAUCAGCAAGGUAGCCGGCCAGGGGAGUGGGGGUGGUGGAAGUGGGGUCUCCAGCUACUACAGGCCCACUCGCAGAGGGUCCCCAAAGCCGAGCACCCAUGAUCACUUUGACAUCAACGAGCACCUCCCCUGGAUGAUAGUGCUGCUGCUCCUGCUGGUGCUGGUGGUGAUUGUGAUCUGCAGCGUGAAGCGGAGCUCUCGCGUGCUGAAGAAGGGCCCCAUACAGGACCCUAGCAGCAUCAUAGAGAAGGCAAUUCAGAAGAAAGCAGCUGCGCCUCCAUCGCAGGUCAAAGAGAAAUGGAUCUACUACUCCAACGGACAGGGGGUGGAUAUCUUGAAGCUGGUGGCGGCCCAUGUGGGCACCCAAUGGAUAGACAUCUAUCAGUCGCUGGCCAAUGCCACGGAGAGGGAGGUGGCCGCCUUCUCAAACGGCUACUCGUCGGAUCACGAACGGGCGUACGCCGCGCUGCAGCACUGGACCAUCCGGGAUGCCGACCCUAACCUGGCCAAGCUGAUCAAUGCCCUGCACAGACAGCGCCGCAUCGACGUGGUGGAGAAGAUCCGCUGUGUCAUGGAGGACAACCCACAGUUUGACAUCAACCAGCUGAUGACCUCAGUGAAUGUAAGCCAAAGACUCAGUCCCAUCCACAAGCCGCUGGAGUCCCCCAGCAGCGUCGGCAGCGGCGGUAGCGUCGCCAGGGCCAGCGGCGGUAGCGUCGCCGGGGCCAGCAGCAUGGGCGUGGAGCAGUCGCCGCUGGACCGCACCAAGGGCUUCUUCCCCGACGAAUCAGAGCCCCUGCUCCGCUGUGACUCCACCUCCAGCAAAGAUUCCGCCCUCAGCAGGAACGGCUCCUUCAUUACCAAAGAGAAGAAAGACACCGUGCUCCGGCAGGUGCGUCUGGACCCGUGCGACCUGCAGCCCAUCUUCGACGACAUGCUGCACAUCCUGAACCCGGAGGAGCUGCACGUCAUCGAGGAGAUCCCGGCUGCCGAGGACCGGCUGGACCAGCUGUUUGAGAUCGCGGGGGUCAAGAGUCAGGAGGCCAGCCAGACACUGCUUGACUCGGUCUACAGCCACCUCCCCGACCUGUUAUAGUGCAAGGAAGGAGGAAAAAAACAAGCUGAACAAGCUGAAUCGGCACAGGAGUAAAACAAGGAGUUUCUCUGUGGGAGGGAUGACUCAGAUCUGAUGGAGUCUGACAUUUCACAUUGUCACGUAAUUUGAGCUAGGUGUCGUAGAUGAGGUGGUGAUCUAUUCCCCUCAAUGACUCAUUCAAAUCUCUGCUGGUACUUUACUCCUCUUUACCCUCCUCUUCAGUUGUCUUGUGUGUACACACUAUUCCUUCAAAACACCAGGAUACAGGGUCAACCCUCAAUGUGAUUAAAGCACACCGAGUGUCACACCAGGAAGUACUUGUGUACUAUGUGUACAGCCUUGUUUAAGGUAGUGUUAAGAGAGCAUUUUGACCAGAACAAUUAGGCUCAAGGGCAGCCAAACUUAGUUUCUACAUCUCAACUGGCCAAUGCCUUCACCUUUUAAAGGGUUUUACUGGUGUUUUUUGUCAGUCGUGCCAAUCGUCCUGGCUUGACAUGAUUUCAGUGUUGAAACAAAAACAAAAAAUUUAUCUAAUUUAACAUGGUGGUUAUUGCUAAAUGACUGCAAUGAAGGAAACUACACACAGACAAUGGUAAAUAAGCUAUAACUCUAAAUGGCACUGGUAAUAUUCUUAGGGUUUUAAAGGGUUUAGGAAUCUUGUAAACCAUAUUCACAGAUAUUUUGCCCAGGUAUGAUUUGGAGGAGCUGGUCCCUUUUCUCAGCCCCUCAUUUUUUUAUUUUUUUAUUUUUUUUUGCCUGUACCUGGAGCAAAAUCAUCUGUGGGUCAUUUUAGCUGGUAACCUACCAGACCAGCAGGGGGCAGUGUCAGAUUAGAGGGCUGACCUGCUGCUCUGGAACCAAAACCAUAUUUUAAAAAAAAUACUGGAUUAAACAUCAAAGUAAUCCAAUAUUACAUUAGUCUAGUAAUAUUCACCUCAUCUAAUAUUAUGAUUUAUGGCUUUGCCUUUGAACUUUAUGUUUUUGGACAAAGGGGUCCAAAACUAUCACUGAACUGAACAGGAAGGGAGCAGCGUUUACCGCCACUGCCUUUGCUUCUCUGGAACCAAAGCCAUAUAUCUAAAAACGGUUUAGAUACGUUGCUUUGGAAGCUCUGUCGCUGUUGGACUCAAGGACAGGAGAGAAUAAAUACUUCUACCAGUACGCACAUCCAGAUCUCUGCUAGCUAGCCCCGUUUGCCUCAACAAAUGUAGCGUUGAUAAAGUGUUCUUGAUACAUUUCGGAGCUUAAUGUACGGCUGAGUAUUUCAGUGCUUUUUUUCAUGCGUGAUAUGUUGCGGAUAUGUAUGGAUAUUAAAAUCUAACAAUGAUGCACUAAUUCUAUUUUCUAGACUGAGGCUGACUGUAUUUUUCCUUAAUUUUCACAGUCUUUUAUUCUGAAAUGCAGAUGACUAACAUUUUAUUUUGUUAUGUUUUCUACAUUUAGUUUGAUUAUUACGUUAUUGUAGCACCUCUUUGUUAUCAUUUUGACUUCAUUGUAUCUGGUGUUUUCGCUGGCAUUCAGAUGUAUUUCCCCCCCUCGCUUGGCUUGAUGAUGAUGACCUGGCCGGGAUGUAAGUUAUGCAUUACUCCAUACUUGAAGUCUACUUGUGUUACUUGAUUGAAAUGAGGUAGAAAUAAUGUCUUCUUUCAGUUCCUUCGAAGUUCCAAGUUCUUAAAAUAAUAAUAAAAGUGAAAAGCACCACCAAAAAAACUCGUCGCUGUUUGGAGAGGACUUUGCAGGCGCCAUGAGAGCAGCAAAUGAUGGACUCUGUUUUCACCAAACCAGUUACUAUUGAAGCUCCCGUGGUGCUAGAUGUGAACUCUCACCGGUUGGCCUGUUGCAGGGGGUCUUAACCCCGGACUGACUAUUUCAAGUAUUCCAGACAGAGCGAAGGAGAAUGAAGGUUGUGUUGCUGUGGAUUGUGAGAUGUUGAAAAUGAUGAUGGUGAUGUUGGGGAUGAGAAUGUGUGAGCUUGCUCUCCUUGACGCUGUGGAGACUCAAACUGCAGGGUGUGAGCUUUUUUUUUUUCCUUUUAUCUUCUAAGGAAGUCUGACAGCAUGAAGAUGAGGUGUGAAACGCACAUGUGGCUCGAGUGGAUGAUUUCAUUACUGUGUGUAACCAGUAUGUUUACUACUAUGUAACCUCUUAAAUUCAACCAAUUAAAGCUCAAAGCAUUUGUCAUAA